AUGUCACAGCCAAAUGUUCAGAACAUAGAUCUGCCUCUACAAGUCACUGGCUUGAUCGUGGGGAAGAAGGGAGCCAAGAUCAACUCGAUCAAGGCUCGGUCCAAGGCGUAUGUCCACCUGUCGCCGGAACCCCUCCCCUCGAAUCCAGGGCUGAAGCGACUCGUCAUCAAAGGGUCCAAUGCAGAGGUAGCCAAGGCAGAGGAGCUUGUGUACGAGGUCUUGUGCUCGUGGUGCUCCGUCGAAGGACAGGAAGAAAACAUUCAACUGCUCCCGCAGGCAACUCGUGACAGAGUGCAAGAGAUUUUGACCAGCCAAACAGAGAACUCUACGCCGAAUCAACAAAACAAUGUCAAGGAGCAGGGGAAUCAUCACCCGAAGUCCAAGAGGGGUGGCUCCAGGCAAAAUGCGCAGAAUUCGCAUCAUGACGGGGUAGAAGACCGUCAGAGGGCGCAAGGACAGGGGCAGCACCAGAGCCAAGACGCCAAGUCAAACCAAAAUCACUUCGAAUGCGACCCUGAUGAAGAAGUACAUCAAGAAAUGGACGUGCCGAACGCAUACAUGUCAGUCUUGACAAGCAAUCAUGGCCAGCAUAUCGCUUCUGUAGAGCUCAUCACCAAGGCUAAAGUUGCGUAUGCUGCUCAACAGCCUGAUCCCAGCCUUCAGCUAACCAAGAUUGUAAUUUACGGACGUUUUUCACAAGUGCAGGGUGCGUAUCAAAUGCUCCAGCAGCUCCUCCACCGACUACAGUUCACCUUCGAUCAGUAUGCUCAACAUGUACAGCAAGUUCAUUUCCAGCAAGCCAACGUGCCAGUGGACCAGUAUGGAGUUCCUGCAGGUCCAAACGUGGCCGUUUCGGGCUAUGGCGGGCAGCAACAGAUGAUGCCGAUGGGAGGCGCGGUGCCCAAUGUUGCUCAUCCUCCCAUGAACUACAUGGCACCAGCGCAGCAGCCGAACAUGCCCUACGUGUAUCACCAGCAGCAACCACAGCAGCAGCAACAGCAGCAACCACAGCAGCAGCAACCACAGCAGCAGCAACCACAGCAGCAACCACAGCAGCAGCAGCAGCAACAGCAACAGCCGCCUGCAAACCAAGCGUCAUCUAUGGCACAAUCGAGUGAAGAAGCCCAAGGCAACCAUCAACCGGAUUCUCAGAGUGAGGGAGUUCAUCAGACAGGAGUUGACCAGAACAAUCAACGUCAACAGGGGAAGCGUGAGGCACAAGGCCAAGGGAAGUCCAAGAUGACGACGGCUGUGGAGCUUUCUGUCCCUGCAGGGGCUGCUGGGAUGAUUGUUGGCAAGAGAGCCGCGAUGUUGAAGAAGUUCAAGGCGGACACUGGCGCUCGUGUGCAGCUCAAGGCAGAGAACACCUCCGAGGAGGUCAAGAUCGUUCAGAUCGACGGGGGAGCAGCCGCUGUUGAGCGGGCUGUUCAUAUGCUGAUCGAGACUCUCACCCUCUGGUCGCAGAACGAGGAGGCAUGGAAAGACAAGGAUGCAGAGCACUGGAAAGACUACCUGCUCUCCCAAUACAGCAAGCAGAAACAGAACCAGCAGCAAGCCCAGCAACAGAACCAGCAGCAGGCGAACGAGAAGGCGCAGGGCCGUCCCCCACAAGCCCAGCUGAGGCCAGGAACCAUUCAGGAGUUUCUUGAGGACCAGAGGGAGGCGGAUAAGCUCAUUCGCAUUGAGAUGCAGAUCCCAGUGACGGCAGCUGGGAUGAUCGUGGGCAAGCAAGGGAAGACCAUCAAGAACAUCCACCAUCGUACAGGAGCGACGGUCGCUCUGGUUCAGGACGUGAACCCGGAGGACGAGACGAAGAAGGUCCUUGCGAUCCAGGGGAAGAAGUCGCAAGUGAAGCUCGCAAGGGAUCUCGUGAUCGACCUGAUGCUGACGUGGCUUAAGAACGCUCAAGAUGAACAGGGCGGGGGCCCUGGGGCGAAGCUCCACCACCUGGCGUCGAAGAUCCAAGAGAGAAUCGCCCCGGUAGUCACCAAAGAGGCCCAGAAGGCGCAGAACCAGGGUCAGAAGCAUGAGCAAGCUGCUCCUGCGUCCAGCGUUCUGGAUGAGCUGAAGGGGAUCGAAAUCCCCGGCGUGAUCCUUUCAGGCGAGGAGGAGCAUCCCAGGGUUGAGUUUCUUGUCUCGAUCGCAACGGCAGCGAUGAUCAUCGGCAAGAAGGGUAUGAUGCUGAAGCAGCUGCAGCACAGGUCAGGAGCGAAGAUCUCUCUGGAUUCCGUCUACACGCAGGAGGGGAAGAAGCAAGUUGUGAUCGAGGGGAAGAGGAAAACUGUGCUGCAGGCGUCGAGGAUGAUCAAGGACAUUAUCGAUCAGUGUGACGAGGCGAAGUAUGAGGAAGCGGCUCGGAUGAAGCAGCAGGAGGAAGAGAAGAAGAAGAAAGCCUUGGAGGAGCAGAAGAAGAAGCAGGAGGCGAAGGUGCAGGAGACGGAGUCAAAAUCGAGCUCUGCUCCAGCUGAGGAGUCGGAGGAGAGUCGGAAGAAGGACGAUGAGAGGAAGUGGCUGGAAAAGAAGGAGAGGGCAGCGAAGAAGACCGAGAACGAGAAGAAGCUCAAGGCAAAGAUCGCUCAGAACGUGUACGCGUUUUUGGACGACGACGAGGAGCACAAUGAAGCCGAAGAGGAGGAGGCAGAGGCUGACGCGGGAAACAGUCCUGGAAAGAAAGCGGACAGUGCUUCCAACUCCAAGAAGAAGAAGAAGAAGGUAGCGAAAGCGGCGCCUGCACAGCCUUCAGAGGGAGCGUCUCAAAGCAAGGAGGAGGACAACCAAGAGCUGAGUGAUAGCGACGAGGAGCGAGGAGGCGAGUCGAAGCCCAUGAUCGGCCUCGAUGCGGUUCUGAAGAUGCAGGAGGAGCUCGAGACGGUGGAGAACAACAUGGAGUUCUCGGUCUCCAACAACACCAAGGAGGCGCUUCAGAUCAAGGUGGGGUACCACUCAAGGCGAGGUCAGAGUCACGCCAACGAAGAUCAGUUCGCAGUGCUCGAGUUCCUUGACCUGAUCCCGUCUGAGUUCAGGGAGAGGCUGCUGGAGAGCUCGACCCUCUCCACGAUGCCCUUCUUCGCUGUCUUCGAUGGGCAUGGGGGGGCUGGGGUCUCGGGGCUCGCGCAGAAGGUGCUGGCGGCGCACGUGGCGGACGCACUAACUGAGAAGAUGAGGGAGAAUGUGGAGCUGAGGGGCAGGGAGGCGAGGGAGGAGCUGAUCAAGUGCCUGGAGGAGGGUUUCGCCAGGACGGAGAAGGAGGCUCUGGAGCUCAACGAGAAGGGAGACAAGAGCGGGUCGUGCGCGACGUGCUGCAUGCUGUGCGACAACGACGGGGAUAUCUGCCUCUACGUCGCCAACCUGGGCGACUGCCGGAUAGUGCUGGGAAAGCGCGAGAACGGGGCCUUGAGUGCCGUGAGGCUGACCACGGACCACCGGGCUGUGGUGGCGAGUGAGAGGCAGAGGAUUGAAGGGGCCUUCGGGGACAGCAAGACUAAGGGGAAGUGCCCGGGCGCGGUCAUAGCCGUUCCUGAGGUCACCAAACAUUCGCUCCAGAAGGCUGUCAUCAAGAAGUAUGGUGUGAAAUGUACAAAGCCAACGGAUGACUUGACCGUCAUCGUCGUACACUUCGAAUGGCCUUGA